AAUAACCUCGAUGAUGGAGAUUGACCAGAACCUUGAAGAGUAUUUCCGCCUAAACACGGCCCAGCUGCUUCGCAGCGACGAUGACACAGACAACAACACCGGCGUUGAUGAAGCUAACGGUAACGAAAACUGGUCAGAUGUCGACGACGCCAGUGUGGCUGAUGAUGGCGAUGCGAUUCAGCAAAAGAAGCGCAUCCUCCGCUACGGGCGCAACAAGCUGGCUACCAUGCGCGAGCGCUUCAAUGAUUCUAAAAAGAGACUCUUUGAGGCCAAGCAGAAGCAGCUGGACGUCGAGCUCGCUCAGCUGCAGAACGGCACGCUGCCCCGCUACAAGGAGCUUGCUGACCAAUUGGAGGCGCGCUGGUCUGAUCGCCGCAACAAGCUUGAUGUCGAGCUCAAGUGCCACCGCGACUUUGAGCGCACUCUGCUCGAGGCCACGCAGCGCAACAUCCGCAACACCUUCCUGGCGCAGCGGGCCGAGCUGCGCCACAGCAUGAUGCAGGCGCGCCAGCGGCGGCUGUGGGUGCUCGGCGAAGGCCGUCGCGGCCUGGACAAGGUGCACGAGACCGUCUGCAGGCUGGUCGACCCCAUUUCCAACCAAUCAGGGUCGUGGGAGCCCGAGCUGCCCCGAGCUGCGUCCGACGAGUCCUACCGCCUGCUGGAGCCCAUUUCGAUGCGACUGUCCAGGGCUGACGAAGACUCGGAUCUGGCAGCAAUCCUGAGUAUCCCCUCGCUGCUCAACCAUGGCAACCCAGCCGAGACAGGUGCUGCUGCUGCUCCUGCUGCUGACGCUGCUGAGCAGAACGAUGCCGAUAAUGCGCUCGAGGCAGUAGUCGAGCCUGCGACCGGGUCUGCCGUUGCAAAUGCUUCGGACGCUACUGCCUUUACUGGCUAUGCCCUAGAACAGCACUCCUCCGCACCCACAGCCGCUGUCUCGGUUGCAAACAUUGCUGGCGGAUACGAAACCCGGUACGACCCUGUCGAGCCCUAUGCACCGACCUAUUCGGGCACCACGGUUGCUUCUGAGCCUCCGCCAGCAGCCUACCAGCCGGCAUACACUGCCACUGGUUACUAUGACUCACGUGAUGCUGCUGGCACAUCCAGUGGCCCGCCUGUGGAUAACGCUCCUCCCACAUAUACGUACCAGCCCGUGGUGGACUCGGCGCCCGCUGAUUACAGGUCGUCCAAGCUGCCGGGUCUUGCAUACCCGACUGCCACCGCCGAGACCAGUCAAUAUUCUGCCUACUCUCAGUACCAGCAGCAACAGCAGCAGCAGCAGCAGCAGCAGCAGCAGCAGCAGCCGUCAUCAGCGACGCACUACUCAUCCUACCAGCAGCCGCGCAUUCGGUCGCCAGUAAAGCGGGAGCUGGCAACGACAGCCAGCGACUACGAUGUGGCUGAUGGUUCCAACAAGCGCCAGCGUGUGGGCUGGUCCUCGACUGCCGUGGCCAGCCAUGUACCGCCGCACCCGACUGUGGCCAUGUCAACAAACACCACUUCAGAGUGGGCUGGCGAUCAGCGCACCAGGCGCCCAUGGGAGGACUCGGCAGACACGUACCAGCACACUACUCAGACCAGCGGCAGCAGCCAGUAUGCGCAGCAGUCGCAUGGCUAUUCCACCAGUACUCACUCCCACUACCAAGUGCCGCCACAGCCAGCAAACAGCGAUUACAACCAUGGAUACUACCAACAGCAGCACCACCACCAGCAGCACCACCAGCAGACCAACGGCGUUAGCUACAACCAGGCUACACCCAUGGGACACUACCCAGUCCAACAGCAGCAGCCGCCGCCGCAGCCUGCAGAUGGAUACUACCACACCAGCAAUAGCGGACACUAUGCGCAGCAACAGCCGGCUACGGUUCCGCCUCCCAUUGCACAGCACCAGCAAAGCCGGUACCACAGCACCAGCUACUCGGGGCUUGAUACGGGGAUCGCAAUGCCGCCCCCCACGUCACCCCGCCAGCAGCAGCAGCACUACGCGCAGUACCAGCAGCAACAGCAGCACACUGACAUGUACUACCGCAGCAGUGGGCACUACUCGCAGCCGCAGCAGCAGGUACCGACUGCAACACCGUCAGUGCAAUCAAGCCACCAUAUGGCAGCGUCCCAGGUGUACGGGCCACAAUACGCCCAGCAGCAGCAGCACCCACAGAACGGGUACUACGACCAGCACACGUCGGACAUGUACUACCGCACCAAUGGCCACUAUGCGCCGGCCGCGCCUGGACCCGAUGCGUCGUACUACCACUGAGCUUGUAGAUUAGAUUGAAGACAUUGAUAAAUUAACAGCCCAGCCUCUCCCCCC